GAGGAGGAAGAGGAGAGGCAUUGCAAGUGCUCGAGGUUGGAGCAAGAGAGAGAGGACCGAGCUCAGCGCCAGACGCAACAAGGAAUCAAACGCAGCAGGAAGAGGAGGGGCGGGACUACGACUCUUCCACACCGGGCCCGCGGCGGGGUUGCGACGGCGCCCGGGCGGGCGGGUAGGAACAGCAGCACCCCCACCCCCGCGCGAUGUAUCUAUGAUGUAUCCAUGUACGACGACGAGCCCACUGGAAUCUUAGGUUCACGUAGGUCCGGCGCGGUCUGGCAGGUUGAGGCAAGUCGAGGACGGGGCGAGAAAGCGAGCGAGCCAGAGAGAGAGAUGAGUGCAAGACGUUUUUUCCUGAGCGAGGACGCCAUCGAGUGAAGUCCCCUUCCCCCGCAGGGCAUGGCUGCUGCCGCCACUCCCUUCACCAAUUCCGCCUUCCUUCCCCUUUACGCUCUCCUGACUCUCAUGUCCAUGCGAAAUCCCGCAAGCACUCUCUGUUUGGACGUGGUGGAGAUGAAAACAGAUCGGGGGCAAGGAGCAGACCAGCUGUAGAAGUAAUCAGGCGGCAAAAAUCAUGGGGGGUGCGUGUUCUCGCAGGAGGGACCAUCAAACUGUAGAAGCAGAUGAUAGAAGCGGAAGCAGCCGCAGUGGAAGAUUGAGUCGUAGUGUUAGCUUGCGAUGGCCUGUUAAACCUCCGAAAGCUCUUGAAACUCUUGCGUCCACUCCCCAUGAGUGCAAGACUGCGCCCACUCUGCUCGAUAUCUGUGUCCGAGAGAUUGUCAAGAAUAUUGGAAAGCAUAAAAGCUUAGCCAGAGUACCACGUGACUUGAUACAGCUAGUGUUGGAUGAACUCGUGAGGAGGCAGCUUCUCUCUCCCACGACGCUUGAGCUCUUCUCAGACUGUUCACUGCAGGAUGUUCUACUCCCAGAUUACCCUGGGGUGGAGGAUUCUUGGUUGCAGGUCAUAGGAUCUCAGGGCGAGUCACUUCUGGCACUUGACAUCUCCAGCUCAACAGUUACGGAUGAAGGGCUCUCUUUUCUUGAAUCGUGUACUAACCUACAGUCAUUAAUCUUGAAUGCGUGUGAAUCCAUCGCUGACGAGGGUCUCACUUCAUUGUCAGGAUUAUCAAAUCUCACAACACUAAGUCUCCGCAGCAAUAACAUGAUUACUGCAGCUGGAAUGCAAAACUUCACCCAUCUGGUCAGCCUCAAGAACCUCGAUCUGCAGCGUUGUCCAAGUAUUCAGGGUGGCUUCGUGUACCUGAAAGGUCUCACUACCUUGGAGAAGUUGAACGUGGGAUGGUGCAUUGGUGUGCGUAACUCAGAUAUCAAGCAUCUCUCUGGGCUUGUGAAUUUAAAGGAGCUCCAAAUCUCCAGAAGUAAAGUAAGCGAUUCUGGUCUUGCAUCCUUGACUGGACUGACAAAGCUUCGGAGCCUUAGUAUGGAAGGCUGUCAGGCUGUUACUUCUAAAGGCAUGGAAAGCAUUGGAGGUCUGACUGGGGUGUGGCAUUUGAACGUCAACUCUUGUUUCUUACACGACUCUGGUUUUCAGAAGCUGGAAGGUCUCAUUAACCUCCGCACCCUAAACAUGGGUUAUAACAAUGUCUCGAAUUCCGGCAUGGGCUUUCUGAAAGGGUUGACCAACUUGGAGCGGUUAAAUCUUGACUCGUGCAAAAUCGGUGACCACGGGAUUGAAAAUGUCAAAGGUCUUGUGAACUUAAAAAUGCUUGAUCUUUCAGACACGGAGAUUGAGAGUGCCGGUUUGCGCUUUCUCACAGGCUUGAAGAACUUGGAGAGCUUGAACCUUUCCUUUACAGGAGGGAUUGCGGACAGUGGUCUGCGCACAAUUGCAACCAUAACGUCACUGACGUCUCUGAAUCUCGACUCGAAACAGAUCACUGAUACAGGCCUCGCUGCACUGACAGGUUUGACGGGUCUUAAAACUCUGGAUCUAUUUGGUGCAAGGAUCACCGAUUAUGGCAUGGCUUGCCUUCGACAUUUUAAGAAACUGCAAACUCUGGAGCUUUGUGGCGGUGGUAUCACAGAUGCAGGGGUGAGGAGUAUCAAGGACCUGACAUCACUUACCUCUCUCAACCUGUCACAGAACAUGCGCCUUACAGACAAUUCGCUGCAAUAUCUCUCUGGGAUGAAAAAUCUUGUAUCCUUGAACUUGGCGAAUUCCAGAGUGACAAACGCUGGCCUUCAGCAUCUAAGACCAUUGACGAACUUGACUUCCUUGGCAUUGCAAGACUGCAAAGUGACCCUUCCAGCAGUGGAACGCCUGCAGGCCACCUACCUGCCCAGUCUCACCGUCAUCCGCCUUCCUUAGCGGCAUUUGUAUAAAAAGAAUGUGGAUGUUAUGUACAGAACUUAACUCGUGCUGGCUGUGCCUGCUACUGUGGCCACAUCGAGUGGACAAAUAUCCCCACUUCAAUUCGGAGGGAGAGAGACUCUGCAUAGCUGCGUCCAUCCCUCCUGCGCUAAUUCUUGGACUCGGCAGCGGCCCUCAUCAGUACUGGGCUCAUGAACCUUGUGUUUUAAUUGCACAGCAGUCUGCGUGGCAGUGUUUCCAUUUGUACAAAUUAUACAUUACACUGAUGCCAUUUGCAGAUCAACACAGGGAUUGUGGAAUGCUCUUUCCCAGGUAGCAGAACGUUCGUGCUCUAAAUACUCGUUACUGUUUGGUGUUGCAAUAAUGUGGGGUAUCGAUGUACUAAGUUUCUUUACAUCACAUCCUUGAAUCCGUUUCUUAAAGUUUUGAUGCGUAUUUUGUGUGGAGCCUCUUUUCUGUUGGAAUUAUCUCAGGGCUAAUAGACUCGAUGCUCUUUGCGCCAGAGGAAUUGAGAUACUGAGAUAGAAUGAUAUCUGAAGCACACUUGUAUUUCACUGGGUUCUGAUGAUCAAUCACUUUUUAAAAUA